AUGUCUGUACCUGUAACAUAUAAGCCUUCUCCUCUAGGCUAUGGCUCUUCUCCUACACGCAGUUCACCCUUCCGUCGAGCUGAAUCUCCUGCUUCGCCAUCCCCUCUCCGACAUACUACACCAACUGGAUCUCCAACAAAGACCAGACCUUUUGGCUCGACAUCGCGCUUCGCUAGACCGACUACUCCCACAAGUACGCAGCCUAGCUGGACACCGAAGCCCAAAACACCGGUGAGAGACGAAAUGGUUUCCUCACCUUCGCGAAUUUCACCGGCUCCACGGACGCCCAUAUCGAAGUCGCUGGGCAGCGGCAAUGCGCUAUCACAACUGCAAGCUACUCAGGUUCGAACAUUGCGAGAUGCUUUCCAGAUAAUGGACCGAGAUUGCGAUGGUCUUGUGAACCGCGAGGAUGUUACCGAUAUGCUGAACCAACUUGGUCUUCCGUCUAGCCCAGCCGAUGUAUCUAACUUCUUCCCCCCAUCUGCUCCCCAAACCAUUGCGCUCGCAGCAUUCCUCAAUUCGCUUGCCGACGUGCUAGCAGAGCUCUCGGACAGCGCCGAGCUACUCAAUGCCUUCUCAGCCUUCGACGACGAUGACAGUGGUCAAGUGGAUCUAAAUGAGCUGCGAAACGCCCUUCUCGAAACAGCACCCGAACCCGGUGAGAAGGCUUUGACUGCAAGUGAAGUGGAUAAGAUCAUGAACGGUUUCACUGGACGAAGAGGCUUCAACCGCAACAUGAAUGCUCAACGGGGUGCCAAGAGAGGCGAAGUGUUCAAGUACCAAGAAUUUGUUGGCUCCAUCAUGGGUUCCAACAAUGGAUCAGAGAACCAGUCCAACGAGAACGAAGACUAG